UCAAACAAUUGGGAGUUCUUUCAUUUUAGAAGCCACAUUGACCUGCAGACUUUAGUAUCUCAUCCAUUAUUUGUCUCCCACCGUCUCCGUUGAUGUUUCCUGAAUGUCAGUACUCAAUGUUUGUCAGCUUUCCUUUCGCUUCCUUCUCAAGAAGUAUGUCCGAUUGGUGUUUCAUCACUUUAUUUUCAUUCUUUUUGCCUAUAAAAUGCUUCGCAUAAUGUAACAGCAUGGCACAAAAUUGAUGAGAGUUGGACUGUUUUCUUCUGCAGCUUCCUUGACGAAUAAUGUCCAAAAUGGACUUUGAAGAUUGGGACCGCCUAUCAAGUGACCCUGAUUUGUUAGAACAAGACUUGAAGGAUGAAGAGGAAUAUAACUACACAUCCAACUCUUCGUCCAAGUUGCAAUUCAGGAAAGUAACUUCUGUAGCUCGGUGGAAUAGUGAGGUUGGAAUGGCUGAGGUGGCGGAAAGUAAGGGUCAGUUAUGGACAACAACUGGCAUUGUCCGUAGCGGAAAGCUUUACUGCUCAAUUGAAGAGACUUUGUUUAUGAUGGAGAUAGGGGCUUUGCUUCUUUUGAGUGAGAACGAUCAAUCCGUCUCCUUGGAAACUAUGUAUCAGCGACUAGCAGAGGAGAAGGAUGGAUGCUGUUGGGAGCUUUAUGAGGUCUAUAGACACCUGAAGUCGCUUGGUUACAUUGUUGGUCGGCAUGACAUUCCUUGGUCUUUGAAGAGUGUCAAGAGAAACACUGGCACAAUUUCUUCUCACUCACCUCAAGACUGCAGUUCUAUAAUUGAAAGAUUUGUGAAGAUGGACUUGAAUGGACUGAAACUGGUAUUUGAUGUUUAUCUCCCAAAUGGAAAGUUCAAAAAAUCUUCACCUGGUGAACCAAGCUAUGUGCUUUGCUUGAUUAGAGGACAACCACCAUCUAAUAUUGAAAUUGAAGCUCUUGAAAGACAAUGUGGAGGCGUUCCACUGAAAUUUUGCCUUGUGGAGCACGGGCGUGUCAGUUUCUGUUCCUUCAGCAAAGUGGAGCUUCCUGUCCUGCCUUGAUAAAUGUGUCUGUGCUUGCAGCAGACUUAUUUCAUUUGAUUUUCUUAACGCUCUCUCAUAACGAAGGAUUCUAGAUUCGAGGCUUUUUUUUUUUUUUGGCUUGCUAGGCUUUAAAUGGAAGUGAAUGUUUGUGUCUUUUCCCUCAAGCCUAGAGUACAUUUUGUGAUUGUUCUACUACUCAUAGUUAAUAGCACUUCUCUUU